AUUCCAUCCGAAUUCGUAAAAAAGUUCAAAUAUUUCAACUUCAUUGCGAUUUUCGCUGUCGCCAUUUCAUUCGCAUAAAUCUUGCGGAAUUCGAACAAGCAUGAACAUACCUUUUAUCUUGGUGUACACCUUACUAUAUUUUACUCAUUUCAGUCGAUCGGUCGGUUCACAAGAUCCACCAAGGAAAGAUGGCUUACUGAGAAUUUAUUCAAUGAAAUUUUGUCCCUAUGCUCAAAGACCUCUGUUGGUUUUGAAAGCAAAAAAAAUACCCCAUGAAGUUGUAAAUAUCAAUUUGUUUAAGAAGCCUGAAUGGUAUUUCAAAAUACACCCAGAAGGUAAAGUACCAGCUCUUGUUGAUGGCUCCAAGGUAAUUGUCGAAAGCUUAGACAUCUGUGACUACCUAGACGAAAAAUACCCAGAAAAUCCAUUGUACCCUGCUGAACCAGAGGCCAAGAACAGAGACAAGGAAGCAAUCAAACUUGUGGCCCUUGUUACCAAUGCUUUUGCCAAAUGUGCCUACACGAAUGAAACUGGAACCCCAGAGGGAUGGGUCAAGCUGUUAUUGCCCCCCUUGCAGGAUUUGGAGGAUGAGCUUGCCAAAAGAGGGACCAAGUUUUUUGGGGGAGACAAGCCUGGCAUGGUUGAUUUUAUGUUGUGGCCUUGGGCAGAACGUUCUGGGUGCAUAGGUAUCAGAUUAGGCUACAAACUGCCUUUCAGAAAUGAGGAUCUCCUAUUGCUGCGUCAGUGGAAGAAGGACAUGAGCCAACAGCCUGUCUGUCAGGAACUGUUUAUCAGUGGAGAUAUAUUCGCCAAGAUGAUUUCUUACAAGAUCAAUGGGACCGAACCACCCUAUGAUGAAUAUUGA